AUGGGUUCGUGUGUAAGCACGGAAGCGACAGGAGAUGCGGAGUCGAAGCGGAGGAGCCAAGCAAUCGACCGAAAACUAGAAGAGGACUCUAGGCGGCUACGGCGAGAGUGCAAGAUCCUAUUGCUUGGUUCCGGAGAAAGCGGCAAGUCGACCAUCGUCAAGCAAAUGAAGAUCAUCCACCAAAAUGGGUACACAGUUGAAGAGCUGGCGUUAUAUCGCCUAACGGUCUACAAGAACCUCCUCGAUUGUACCAAAUCUCUCAUAGCAGCCUACCACCAGUUCUCGCUAGAACCUUCAAGUCAAAAAGUCCGCGACUACAUCCAAUUCCUUUCCGAUUAUAACAUUGACCCUGAUCCAAAUAUACCCCUGGAUUCUCGGGUCGGUGACGCGAUAACGUAUCUCUGGAAUGACCCUUGUACUUCCAAUGUGCUGGAGCAUCAGAACGAAUUCUAUCUGAUGGAUUCUGCGCCAUAUUUCUUUGAUGAAGCUAAGCGGAUAGCUUCCCCAGAUUACAUACCCAACGUAAAUGAUGUACUCCGCGCGCGAACCAAAACGACAGGUAUAUAUGAGACGCGAUUUACCAUGGGCCAGCUUAGCAUACAUAUGUUCGAUGUUGGCGGCCAGCGGAGCGAGCGGAAGAAGUGGAUUCAUUGCUUUGAAAACGUAACAUCCAUCAUCUUCUGCGUGGCGCUGAGUGAGUAUGACCAAGUAUUAUUGGAGGAGAGCAAUCAGAAUCGCAUGAUGGAAAGCUUAGUCCUGUUCGAUUCCGUGGUCAAUUCUCGAUGGUUUAUGCGAACGAGCAUAAUUCUUUUCCUAAACAAGGUCGAUCUUUUCAAACAAAAGCUUCCUCGAUCUCCAUUGAACCAUUACUUUCCGGACUAUUCCGGCGGCAAUGACGUGAAUCGGGCGGCCAAAUACCUUCUUUGGAGAUUCAAUCAAGUCAACAGAGCGCAUCUGAAUCUUUACCCUCAUCUGACUCAGGCUACCGACACGACGAAUAUCCGUCUGGUAUUCGCCGCUGUAAAGGAAACAAUCCUGCAAAAUGCCCUCAAGGAUUCGGGUAUUCUGUGA